AUGGCGUACAGGACAUUGUGUGUGUUCCUACUCCUUGCCAAAGUCUGUGGCAUAGCUAACCUCAACAACAGAAUAGUAGGAGGACUCGAUGCUGUUCCUGGAUCUUGGCCUUGGCAAGUCAGUCUGCAAGUAUAUGGAAGUCAUUAUUGUGGUGGAUCCCUCAUCAAUAAUGGCUGGGUGCUCUCGGCAGCUCACUGCUUUAAAAGUUACAUAGCCUCUCAAGUGACUGUAAAACUGGGCCUGUAUACUCUAGAAGGAAACAAUUCUUACCGUGAAUCAAGAUGGCUCAAUAAAGUCAUCAUACAUCCAGCCUACAAAAAAGAAAAACAUGACAAUGACAUUGCUUUACUGCAGCUUUCUUCUGUUGUAUCAUUCAACAAUAAUAUCACUCCUGUCUGCCUGGCUGAAACAGGGAGCACUUUUCACAAUGGCACCCUGACAUGGGUUACUGGCUGGGGAGACAUCCGUGUUGAAGUAAAUCUACCAUCUCCUGGGAUACUACAAGAAGUUCCAGUCCCAAUUAUUGGAAACAAGCAGUGUUACUGUUUAUAUGAAAAAUCUAAAUAUUUACCCGUAAAUUUCUUAUUAUAUAAAUCUUAUCUGGUAAAUAUCACAGACAAUAUGUUGUGUGCUGGGUUAUUGGAAGGAGGCAGGGAUUCAUGUCAGGGUGACUCUGGAGGUCCACUGGUCAUCAAACAGGACUCUCGGUGGAUCCAGGCUGGGAUUGUGAGCUUUGGUUGGGGCUGUGCACUCCCAAAUUCUCCUGGUGUGUAUACAAGAGUUUCUAAGUAUCAGGAUUGGAUCAAUCAAGAAAUCACCACAAACCAGCCAGGCUUCAUCAAAUAUACAUCCUGUGGCAUUGAUGAUGAUCUGCAAGUGUCUUGCCGUGGUUUGCAACCCGAAAAAAAAAUAACCAUAAGCACUGGUUCUAUGUAUUUCUCUUCAGGUGUGGUUUGUGGAAGUGCCAAUCUCAAUAAUAUUUCAAGUGGAGCAGAAAGCCCCUUGGCAUCAGCUGGUACAUGGCCAUGGAUGGCCAGCUUGGAGCUUAACGGUACUUAUGUUUGUGGUGGAACACUUAUUGCUCAAGAGUUUGUCAUGAGCUCAGCUGAUUGCUUCUCUGGCUCGAGCAAUCCCUCUGACUGGACUGUGAAACUGGGUCGACUCAAUCAGAACGGCUCCAACCCCAACGAGGUCUCUGUCAAUGUGACCAAAAUCACAUUCAGCACAAAUGACAGCAAUAAUAUAGCAGUGCUGAAGUUGUCUACCACUCCUACUCUUUCUGACUUCAUCCAGCCCAUAUGUGUAGACUUUUGCAAUACCAACUUCAGCAUUGGUACUCAGUGCUUGGCAGCUGGCUGGGGCUCAGGAGGAGGAGGUACAGCUCAACAAACACUUCAGCAGUUCAACGCUACUAUCGUGGACUGUGGAAAUGUAUCUUCCUCAAACAGUAUCUGCACAGAACCCAUACAAUUAGAACAGACUGAAAGAGGAGGUCCUCUAAUGUGUAAGACUGGGCAGUCUUGGAUCCAGGUUGCAGUUUUAACCCUCACUAGCAACAGCACGAACAGUACCACUAGUUCUACUAACAACUCAAACAGCACCAUAACUCGGCUGCACGCUGGCUCAGACGGCGGAUCACCUGAAGCUGAGAGCCUGGAGGACUGCACAGAGAGAAUGUUCAGCGUCGAGGGUUCUACGUCGCGACGGCGCUCCAUGAGCGCCCACAGUAAGACGCCGUCUAGCACACAGUCGACGUAA